ACAGACAAAGAAAGUCGGGCACAUGCCUUUCCUCCAAUGGCCCCUUUUAGGUGUGACAGAAACAAAGGACUUGGACAAACUCGCAUCAGCACCAGUGAACACCCAGUCCCCUAAACAAGAUUGUCUGCAGCUUUUGCAAUAUGCAAUAUGCUGCAUAUUUACAUUCCUUCUGGCGUCAGUACAUGGGAGUGUUUUAGAGCUGACUGGUCACAACAAAACCGGUCCAAAAGGCAUCGGAAGACAGGCGUCAAGUCUCACCAAGAAAAAAACUUCUAAGAGGGAAGAUAAAUAUACGAGCGCUGCGAAAAUAACUGUAAGAAAGCUAAAAGUGGAGAGUGUGAAGUGGACUACGCAGAACACCGAAAAGAUUCCAGAGGCGAAUGACCAUUGAAGGACCCUCUCCAUGGAUAUAGACACAGACUAUGAAAGGCCCAAUGUGGAAACUAUUAAAUGUGUGGUGGUAGGGGACAAUGCAGUGGGCAAAACCAGGCUCAUCUGUGCCCGCGCCUGUAAUGCUACCCUCACACAGUACCAGCUGCUCGCCACCCACGUGCCAACCGUCUGGGCCAUCGACCAGUACCGUGUGUGCCAGGAGGUGUUGGAGAGAUCUAGGGAUGUGGUGGAUGAGGUCAGUGUCUCCCUAAGACUAUGGGACACCUUCGGUGACCAUCACAAAGACAGACGCUUCGCUUAUGGCAGGUCUGACGUGGUAGUGCUGUGUUUCUCCCUGGCCAACCCCAACUCCCUGCGUCACGUCCGCACCAUGUGGUACCCUGAGAUCAAGCACUUCUGCCCCCGCACCCCUAUCAUCCUGGUGGGCUGCCAGCUGGACCUGCGCUACGCCGACCUGGAGGCUGUGAACCGCGCCCGCAGACCCCUGGCCAAACCCAUCAAGCCCACAGACAUCCUGCCUCCAGAGAGAGGGCACGAGGUGGCCAAGGAGCUGGGCAUUCCCUACUACGAGACCAGCAUCGUGGCCCAGUUUGGGGUCAAGGAUGUGUUCGACAACGCCAUCCGUUCCGCUCUCAUCUCCCGCCGUCACCUCCAGUUCUGGAAAUCCCACCUGAAGAGAGUCCAGCGGCCCCUCCUCCAGGCCCCCUUCCUGCCCCCCCGGCCCCCGCGCCCUGUGGUGGGCAUCCCUGACCCCCCUCCCAUCGACGGAGAAGCCCCCGACUCCCUCCUCUGCCAGCCGCUAUGCGCCGAUGUCCUCUUCCUACUCCAAGGCGGCGCCACGCGUGUCUUCGCACACAAAGUCUACCUGGCCACCUCCUGCUCCAAGUUCUACGACCUCUUCACCCUGGAUCUGCUGGCCAUCGAGGCGGAUUGGGAGGGAGAUGAGAGCGGUGAGGAGGAUGAACAGAGUAGGAGGGGUGCCAAAGAGCAGGCAGGGCGUACUAAGAGCUUGGACAUCGAUAAUGAUGGGGAGGGUGGAGCCAGGGGAAUCAAACGGCCACCCAUGCUCCAGCAGGGCUCCCUGAGGACUUCCAAAAGUGAUAACGCCCUCCCCGCCAGGAGCCAGUGCUCCGUGGGGCCCCUGGGGGCCGGCCGUGGCCUUUCAGGCUGGGGGAGGGGCUUCCUGAGUGUGUACCUGGAGCACGUAGCUGACCCAGAGACGGGGCGACCCCGCCUCAUGACCGUGGUCUCCAUGGACGGUCUCAUACAGGAAGAACCCUUCCAGGCGGUGCUGCAGUACCUGUACACAGGCAGUUUGGAUGAGGGCCGUGGGGAUCUGAUGCAGGUGGCCACCAUUGCUGAGCUGCUGGAGGUGUUUGACCUGAGGAUGAUGGUGGCCAAUGUGCUGAAUCGUGAGAGCUUCAUGAAUCAGGAGAUCACCAAGGCCUUCCACGUCCGUCGAGCCAACCGCAUCAAAGAGUGCCUUAGCAAGGGCACCUUCGCUGAUGUGGUGUUCUGCCUGGACGAUGGCUACCUGCCGGCACACAAGCCUCUGCUCAUCUCCAGCUGUGACUGGAUGGCCGCUAUGUUCCGCGGAUCCUUCAUGGAGAGCUACAUCAAGGAGGUGUCCAUCCCUGACACCAGUAGUGCCUGUAUGCGUGCGGUGUUGGAGUUCCUAUACUGUGGGCUGGUGACGGCCUGUCCUGACUGGGAGCCUAUGGAGCUCAUCGUCCUAUCCAACCGGCUAUGUCUGCCACGCCUCGUUGCCCUCACAGAACAACAUGUUGUGGAUGAGCUGCUACAGUGUUUGGUGAAGGGAGUAGACAUUGAUGGACAGGUGCUUGCUUACCUGGAGUUGGCUCAGUUCCACAAUGCCAAGCAGCUUUAUACCUGGUGUCUCCAUCACAUCUGCACCAACUACAACAGCGUUUGUCGCAAGUUCCCCAAAGACAUGAAGGUCAUGUCUCCAGAGAACCAGAGGCACUUUGAGAAGCAGCGGUGGCCUCCAGUGUGGUUCCUGAAGGAGGAGGAUCGCUACCUGCGCUCUCAGAAGGAGCGCCAGCGGGAGGAAGAGAUCCUCCGUAAGCAGCACACCAAGAGGGGCUGGUGCUUCUGGAGACACCCGUCCUCCUCACCCCACGUCUCCUGAGGCUGUCGCCCCUCCAUGACCCCUCCUAACCUCAGACUGAGGAGGCCAUGAGCCUACCACCCCUCCAUAACGGGAGAGCCAAGUCUCACCUCUGUAUGAUUGUCUGUGGUUGUACUGGAGACCAGAAGUCCUCACAAGGACCAUUUGGACAACUGGGGACAUUUUGCCAGUCCCCACAAAGAAAAGGGCUAUUUUAAGCUUAGGGGUUAGGUUUAGGGUUACAAUUGGGGUUCAGGUUAGAAUGAAGGUCAGGAGUUAGGUUUAUUUUUAGGGUUUGGGUUAAGGGUAAGUUUUGGGUUAGGGAAAAUAGGAUUUUGAAUGGGAAUAAAUGUGUUGGUCCACACAAAGGUAGUAAAACAAACGUGUGUGUGUGUGCACGUAUGUGCGAGGUUUUCCACCCCCACAGCUGUAGGUCAGGCGUGGGCAAUUUUCUAUACCCCAGCUGGCCUCUUCUUGCCAGGCCGCAGUCCAGUGCUGCCUCUUCCCCCUGAGCUCCACCCAGCCACCAACCGGGGGUGAUGGGACUGGGAACAAGGGCUCUCUCUGUCUCUCAGUCACACAGAUGCUAAAGACCAUUCCACAGACCACUGCGAAGACUCCCCUAUGGGGAGGUUACCUCUGCCUUCAAGUCUAUUCAGACUGUUAGAAUACUGGACCAGACCGUUAGCCAGAAGCGCGCCAGCGCUGGUCCAACACACAAGGAGGAAUGUUUCUGUUUGGUUUUGUUUCGCCGUGAGGUCUGGUCAGCGGUAAUGACACACACCACCCAAAGACACACGCAGUGUUGAAGACCCUGAUGACCAAAAUGGCGGCAGGGAUUUCAAAUUAGAGUAGAGCCGAUCCCAGACCUGGGAGUUUUGCUUCAGAGUCUCUGACCACCACUUAUGCCUGUCUAACUUCUCAUCCAUAGACUUUGUCCUCCAUUUUGGAAAAGUUUGACACCAUUUUGUUUUCUUUCGGGUCUCAUCCCAGUGAAGCUCUGUGUUGGAGGUUUGAAUCCCAAAUGUUGUCCUAGGGUACCUAGACUGUUCUAGAAUCACCUGUCUCAAAGGGAGGGGGAAUAAAGGGGGUAGUCUAGGUUUAGGAACCUGCUCCAGCCCAGCAGAUGGCUGGUGGUUCAAGCACGCAUCAUGACCCCCCCAACCCCCACAUAACACUAAGAGGAGAGGCCAACAGUGCUGAACAAACUGACCAAAUCCCCCUCAAAGACAUUCAAAGUGAACACUUGAUAGCAAUUCUGGAUCAGAGGGCUAUUUGAUACCACUGCCAUGGGAGGGAGUAAGAAGCAGAACUGAACAGAGUUCUUGCUCUGCCUUGAUUGACCACUAGGGUGCCCCUCAGCCAGCCUGCCUUUACUCAUCCUUACCACAGGGGGCAGCACUGCUCAGGGUACCAUCAUCAACCGUCACCCGGAGCAAACAGGAGUUUUCUCCCCUACCUGUUUAUAUCCUUGAUUCCAGUAGCUUUUGACUUUUUUAUUUUAUUCCAGUUGUAUUUGAAAGGCAACUUUAGCUGUUUGUCCUCACAUAGUGUUGAAAGGUAUUAUACCAAAAAUGAAGCUGUGACAUGUUCUCUCCCUCCUGUCUCCUCUCCUCCUCCGUAACAUGGCAAAUAUUGGAGGAAAGGAAAAAGGGAUUAGGAAAGGAGGAAUAAUCUUUUGAUCCCUGUCUGUGUGUCUUUAAAGCUGUAGUGUCAGGUAAAACCCAAGUGUCACUGCAGCACAUUGUCUUUCACACCUCUAGCUGGAAUUGAAAACGGUGCUCAAUAUGUCUACUAAAAGACACUAUGACACACACACACACUUACACACACACACACUAACAUACACACACACACACACACACACACUUAAGCAUACACACACACACACACUUAAACAUACAUGCACACCUUGUUCCUUUUCUGUCCACUAAUUUUAAAAUGUCAGCCCAGUCCUUCAUCAGUGUUAAUAUGCAGGAACCUGAUCUACAAAGAUAAUGUUACAUUCACAUCUGAUGCACAAAUGUCCUAUGAACAGUUUAGGAUCUCUUGGAAAAGCUUGAGGGGUUUUGGGUUAUUUUUCCUUAUCCAAAGGUGUGUGGCAGUCUAAUAGGCGUUGUGUUAGUGAAUAUAUUCAGAGUAUUAUUCAUUUCAAUGAUGGUCGUUUCAGUAUGAGUAGAGUUGAAUCUUAGCAUUAAGUUAAAUACAUCAUUUGCAAUACAGUAUUAGACCAAAUUUUGGACUUGCUUUUAGUUUCAGGGUGCAGUUUUAUUUAUUUGCGAGGCAGUGUGAUGUUUCAAUCAGUUGUUAACAAAGAGGAUGCAGUUCCAUCUUUUAGUUGAAUGCUAUUGGAGUUGGAUGUUGAACUGCUGAGGAACUCUUCAUAACCCACUGCACCUUUAAGAUCUCCAUGAAUCCACCACAGUGUAUCAGAACAGGCGUGUUGAAAGAAGAAGAAGAUAACUAGUAAAGCGUUGUUACUGUGUUUUAUUUUCUUCUCUUUCGGAGUGAAUGUGGGGGAAAAACAAGACUUUUUGACACGUUCGUUAUUAAGCACUGUUGUUCUAUUUGUGGAUUUGAGAUUUCAUGUAACAUUUUCAUCAUAUAAUAGGGGCUCUUAUCCAGAGCGAAUAGGGUUCAAUUCUUUGCUCAAGGGCACAUAGGCAAAAUUGUCACCUCUAGGAUUAGAACCAACAACCUUUCGGUUACUGGUCCAACGCUCUUACCCGCUAGGCUACUUGCCGACGGUGACUAACAGCGGGGGUUGGAUAGAUGGUGUGAAACAUGGCUCCUUUUGCUUUUCUCCACAGAAGACAUGUUUUGAGUCUUCAACGGCUACUGAAAUAGCUGUACGGUAGGAUCUCACGGGACCCAAGUGAGAAUUGGGCUGACCUUACCAACAAAAUAUAGAAGGGCAAAUAACCCAGGCAUCUUAAAAAUAGUCCCAACGCCCCUAUUUAGGGCUGGGAUAUUAGAACAUUCAUCUGGGGUUGACGUGUGGACAUACAGAUGUUUUCACUUCAUGACCCCUUUCUAUGCCCCAAGGAGGAGUUAUUUGAGUCCUACUAAUGGUAGACAUGCCCUACAAAGCCUUCCCUCAUGGUUUGUGCCUUAAAAAUGUACAUCCACUAUGAGGAACAGAGUAUACUCUUAAGUGUACAGUGUAGUCUAGUUUUAAGGUAGUUGUACACAGUUACAGACAGGUUCUGCAAAGGAUAAUAGCUGAACUGAUUGAUUUAGUGUCUGGUUAUGCUAACACACCCAGUCUCACCCCCCACCCAGGCCAGAGAGACAGGUCUCUCCCUGGUCUGUCUCCUACAACUGAGCCUCCCUCUGGGGCAACAGACCCCAGCCCUCCUGGAGAGACACUGGGUCUGCUGGUGGUCAGUCAACGACAGUCCUUAAAUUAGUAGAUGAAGGGGAUUUCAUAUAUUGUAUGGUCUGUUUCUGGUUGGCAAACUGAUUGAGUCAGUCCUAAACCAGCAGAGGAGCCACUGUAAACCCCUAGAGACCCAGGGUUAGACACCUCUGACCUCGCGGAUACCAAAGCUUACUAUGAGGAUACUGGUUUCCUUGUGUGAAUGAUGGUCAAUACUUGUGGGAUGUGGUUAUUAGUAUUUUUGCAUGGUGGCCUAAUUUUGGCAUUGUACUGACACUUUUCUCUUGACUUUUAAUAUUGGAUUUGCACUUUUCUUAUUUUCUGUCGUUUUACCUCUGCCUUUUUGUGCUUGGCAUGGACUACUUCUUUCAAAAGUUUCUAAAAAAAACAAUGAUAUUUUGUAGCAUGGGGUCUCCUUUUGUUUCUUAACUGUCCAUGUGGUGUACUUGGUUUUAUUGAGUGGGUGUCUCAUGCUCACGGACAAAGACAAACUGGACUCAGUGGUAUUAUUCAUAGCAUUAGUGGCUGACAUUGAAGCCUGCAUCUAUAUUGUGGGAAGCCUCUUUAGUCAUAAUAUUCCAAUUUUAUAUAAUAUUAUUCUCAGAAUAACAUUGACGGUACACAGGAAUUUGACAGAGAUGUCUUGCUUCUUGUACACUGUUAUAGCAUUAUCUUAGCACUGUUCUGUGGUGUAUUGGAAGCAGCAGGUUAGAUAUGAGACAUGGUGUUCUUGGGUUGCCAGCUGUGGGGCAUGUGGUUGCCCCAGGGAUUGACAGUGCUAGUACAGUACAGAGUUGUAGUUUGCCACUCCAGUUCUAACACUAUAUGAAUCCAUACACCUUGAGAAUGUCCCGUUUAUACAACGGGCUGCCUUGGGAACUAAAUGGACUGUUUUGAUUGGACUUGUAAAACGAUUCCUUGGCUUUGACCAGCCACCGAUAGUUGAUAGUUGAGCCAUAUUUUCCCCUAGAGGCUCAUUUCUGUAACUUCGCAUUUGGUGUGAGAUGAUGGACUAUCAUUUGAACUGCGGUUACUGCACUACUGUCAUUUAGUCCAGACUCUUGUAUGAUGUCACUUUAACAUCACCCUAGUUCAGAUUAGCUAUAGAGUGUAGUGGUAUAAACUCAAGAGAGUGUUCCUAUGAGAAUUUGCUGUAGCAUUGAUUAAGCUAAUAUUUUCUAACAUGACAUUUAUUCAUGGAGGGCAACCAUUGUUGUUUGCCCCUGGCCUGGCGUCUCCUGUGCCUUUUGAGAUAUUCUCACGCUGUUGCCUGUCUCCCCGAGCCCUCCUAUAGGCUUGCCAUAUGCAUGAGGGGGCCUCCAAACCACUGCCUUCUGGGUUCAGGUUGGCACCCAAGCUAAAAACACACGCGCGCACACAUUCAACCAGGCAGCUUUCCUUCUUGUCUCUUAGUGCCUGUGGAUCGACCCAUCUUUCGUAAAUCCUAUGCUGUGUACCAGAGAGGCUCUGCUAAUGAGGCCUACGGUAGUCUACAGUAGGAAGGCACCCGACUUGGGAGCUUACAAAUAUGUCACCCAAACCUUGUUACAUCAUUCAAACAAGCUAAGCUAUAGAUAAUAAACUGUGGAAAAGACAUUGAGAUCCAACAGAUUUCAGAUUUCGUAACAAACUGAUCUUUUGCACUCGGCAGUCUGUCAAGGCCUGCACUUUCUGUCUAUUAUGUAGCCUUUAAACCAUGUGUGUACUAAUACAUUAUUAAACCAAGAUUUACCAGCUUGCCUGAGCAGUCAGAAACAACUUCAAUCCAAAUCUGGCUCCUGCUCUCUCUCUCUCUCUUUCCUUGGUAAAGGCUCUUUAGACAGAGACUACGGUUGUGGAGAACUGGGCUCUUAAUUUGAAAUGUAGGGCGGGAGUCCCAUCUGUAAAGACUGAGACACUUCCACAGCAGUACUGUGUCUACCAUUUUGACUCGAAAAGGCAAAACUGCUCCUUUGCUGUAAUGGUAUUCCACAGUUAACUUUGUAAACCCAACCUCCACUUGUUUGACCCAAAGCUAGCUGUUAGCCUAGAGAAUCCUGUCUCGAAAGUGGCCCAGGACAUAGAGCUGGGAGGGGGAGAGACAGGGGCCGUAGUGGGGUGAAGAUGAAUCUCUGCUCUGUGACUUUUCAGUGUGAUUUAUGCAUAUUAUUAUUAUUAUGCACUUUUGUUUCCCCCUUCUAAUUUCAUUUUCCAGUUCAAAGUGAUAUUAACUGCUUGUGUUAAUACAUUUAUGAAACACAACACACCACAUACACAAUACUAAGGGCUUAUAAAAAAAGACAACAAUCAGAAUGUUUUGCUGCUUUUGAAAAAUAAAAAAAUAAUGAUUUAA